UUCUUUAAGGGUUUUCAGUACAAGUAGUGUUAUUGGGAUGAUUCGUUAAGUUUUUUAACGUAGAAUUUGAACUCGGACAGUACCAGUAUGAGAACAUGUACUUUGAUUUUCCAGUGCUCUGUCAUAAUAGUCAUAAGAUUUAGGAAAGAAAAUCUGUAUCGUAUACUACUUUGUAAAAUAAAGUGCUUCUAAUACAUUUCAGGCACAGUGAAUUUGAACGCAUUUUUAAAUAAUUCAAAAGAUACCUUUUGUGUUUGACGUGCGCUCAGUGAUCGUAAUUCACACCAGACAUCAUUGGUGGCCUACUGAUUCGUUUAUAUUUCGUGCUGGCUACACGGUCGGUAGGGAUGACACCUGUGCCUUCGUUUAAGUAACGUUUCCAUAUUUGAAGAAACAUGAGCCAUCCAUAUUUUAUAUUGCCUAAGAAGACACCACAGUCAAAGUUGCAGAUAAGGAGGACAUUGUACUCGGGCUGACUGGCGAAACAGUCGGUCUGCCACCGUACUGCAUGACUAUGAAAUGAAUCGUGGCUAUUCCAAUGGAACGUUUGGUGGUCAGGCACUGAGAUCGAUUAAUUCAUAUUUCGCGUCUGAACGUGUAACAUUUGGUGAUCCAACCGAAAGGUCGUUUGGGUCAUAUGGUUCGUCUGAACGUGAAUAUUCGAGUGGGCCAUCCCAAAGAUCGUUUGGGUCAUAUGGAUUGUCUGAACAGGGAAGUUCUGGUGGUCCAUCCCAAAGACUGUUUGAUUCAUACAACUGGUCUGAGCUGGGAAACAGUGGUGGCGCUACCCAAAGAAAGACACUUCACAGUUACGACUCUGAUCAAGGAAAUGCUGCUCAUCCAACACAAAGAUUUCUCAGUUCAUACAGCUUGUCUGAACGGGAGAAUGCUGACAGGUUUGGACGCAGCGAGUCUUACAGAUCUGGGUCUGAUAAUGGUGGCUUUGGAGGUUUUGAUAACGAAUAUGACAACUCCUUCCAGAAUAACCUUGACUCUCAUGGAGUUGCUAGAAGCCUGAGUCGUACUGAUCAUGGCAGGUCUAACUUGGAACCUUCUUACCCAGGUUCAAAGUCAAGAGCUGGGUUUAGGGAUGAGGGAAGAGACGGUUACUCUUCCUACUGCACAUUUUCUUCACCCCACAUGAUGCCUGCACCUGUAGGCUCUCGGGGGAGAGAAAGUAGAAUUUACGGUCUGGGAGGACCAACGGCAUUCAGAGGCAGAGGGCAAAUGGGAGACUUCAGGACACCUAGACCUGGAGUAUAUCAGGACCAGAUGACUAUUAGGGGAGUAAAGAGGGAGAUAAACGCACCCUACAGACCAAAUACAUUUAACAAGAAACAAAAACUGACUAAACCUUUUGUACCAUUUAUAAAGAAACCAGGGAAUAGUGAUAGCGCAAACAAAGAGGAGAAAAGAAAACUUGAGACUAAACUUGAAGCCAAAAGAGAGAAGCAAAGACGCAGACGGGAGAAGUAUAAUUCUAAAUGUGGUGGACAAAGGGUAGUAUACGCUUGCUCCUUCUGUAAAUUCCUGACAUCUGAUGAGAAGGAAAUGGAAGACCACCUCGAAGGCUCUUAUCACCAGGAAACGCUGGAAAAUAUUCGCAAGGAUGCCAAUUUAGAUGAAGUAGUCAUUCGUUUCUUACAUGAAUCUAUUGUACAUAAGUUUAAGAGGAAUUUAAAACACAAACUACGGUGGCUCGCUACAGACCCACAGCAAACUUCAGUGCAAACACAAAAGCACGUAAUGGAAGCUGUAACGGAAGACGACUACAUGAGGAGAGCUACCAUGGUUCACUGCAUUGCAUGUGAUGCCUACAUUCCUGCUACCAAGCUCUCUGCACAGGAACAUUUGAAAUCCACCAUGCAUCUGACAAAGAAAGUGGAGUAUAAGGAGCAAUUGAAAAGGGAGCGUGUUUUAGUGGCUACCAGCUUGCUGAACAAUCCAACAGUAAAAGAACGUUAUCAAAGGUUUGUUAAGGGCGAGAAUCCUUUUGAAAUCACAGAAGAUGGAGCACAGAGUAAUGAUGCUGAACUAAAUCACCCGACUGAUGACCAGGCUUCUGCUGAAACUGUAACUGAGAUUAAUUGAACAUAAUGAACACCUUGACGAGAAGCAAACCUUGGUCUUUUAAAUGCUUUGAAAAAGCCAACUCUUCACUGUAAAUAUAAUAAUACAGACACAGCAGCAGAAAUCUGCUUUUUUCCCCCCAGUGUACUUACUGUCUAUCUUCUAGUCUGUUCCGCCACACACAGAUAAGGAUUUUACUUUGUAGUUAACCAUCAGUUGCAAAACUACUCGUACUUAAACAGAAUCUCCUGCUACUAUGCUUAUUGUUACUGUUUUAUCUAACUGGUUUUGUACCUGUAUUGUUAACACCAUUCUCUCAUUGUGAACAGAACACAUUUUGUAAUGAUAUUUUGCUAUUUUAAACGGGAGCAUUGCAUGGUUAUGUCAUACAUUUGAAUUUUUUUAUUUCAGUUCUGUAAAAAUUAAAAUGUUCAGCUUCAUUAGAAACAUUGUCUUUUUAUAUGAAUAACUCUGGACAAUAAAAAAACAUAAGUAGG